AUGAAAUACACUUCAACUCUUAUAUUUCUUCUUACAGUAGGCCUUGUUAGUGCCGAAGAGACUAAAAAAACCGGUACCUACCCUGAGUGGAAAGCUGCUGCAGAGCACGCCGACAAGGUUACCAAAUCCAAGCAUGAACUGAUCCAGACUAAGGCCAACGCUCUUGAAGGCAAGGCUAAGGAGGAAGUAAAUGCCGAGGUCGUCAAUGUAAAGGCUAAGCUUGAAAAGGUCACCGCUGAGGUAAAAACCAUAGUUGACUUGGAAGAAGCUGAGUUCAAGAAGGCAAAGGAUGACAAGGAGAAGGAGGCAGUAGCAGUAAAGGCAGCAACUGCAGGAUCCAGAUUGGUAACCACUUUGUUGGACUUCGAGACUCUUUACAAGAAGACGUCCUUCACCCACAGCACCAAGUUGGCCGAGAAGGAGGGAACCAUCAAGGUUUUGGAAUUCUUAAAGGGAAAGAUUGCAAGCUUGGAGGCAGAUAGUUUCUUGGCUACAUCAGUCGGAGCUGCAAUAGCUCUUUCAGCUCUUGCCAUUGGAUCCACCUACAAUUAG